AUGGGUGAAACAGGUGGAAUGGAUGGAGUAGGAGGAGCAGAUGGAUGGGGUGGAGCGAAUGGAGCAGGAGCAGAUGGAGGGGAUGAAAUCGAUAAGCCCGAAUCUCGUAAGAUCUUAUACCAUAUCGGCCUUUGGAUCAAAAUUUUCUUAUGCAUUGGAGAUAUAACCGAUAAAGAAUAUGGUUAUAACCUAUUGAUCUUAGGUGAGGAGGCAAAUUUUGAAGGAUCCACUACCUCUAUAGAUAUACAAUAUUCGGGUCAUUACUAUCUUUCUUUACAAUCCGUAACUGUAGGAAACAACGACACCUACAUCAAUCCUAAUGGUAUGUGGUCCAAAAGUGCAGUGAUGGACACUGGAACAUCAGGUCGUUGGUUAGUCAGCGGCUUGUAUACAGAACUUCGCAUCAAAAUAGUUGCUUUCAUGGAAGAUUUGGGGCUGAACUCAACCACUGAUGAAUCGAGAAAAUUGUGCUACCAUGGUAACUUCAUGACAGAGCCAGUAAAUAGUCAAUUAACAAAUGCGCAUACCAUUGCUUCCCUUCAUUUUGCUAAUGGUGCUGAUCUUGACUUGGACGCAAAGAGCUUGUUUUAUAAUACUAAUAAGGGCAAGUUUUGCGUGGAUGUGAACCCCAGAAUUACUGAAGAGGUGACAAUCAUUGGAUUGAGGGCUUAA